AUGCCGAGGGUGGAGAGAGGAGCAGGGGGUCGACGUGUUGAGUCGGCCCAAAACAAGACGCAGAGUGCAACCGAACCUAGUGCAGCCAUCACGUCGAGCCGUGUGGUCGUCGACGUGGUCGUGGACGUGGUCGUGGACAUGGUCUUGGACUUGGACGUGGUCGUGGACGUGGACGUGGACGUGGUCGUGGACGUGGACGUGGACGUGGACGUGGUCGUGGACGUGGUCGUGGUCGUGGACGUGGACGUGGACGUGGUCGUGGACGUGGUCGUGGACGUGGACGUGGUCGUGGACGUGGUCGUGGUCGUGGACGUGGACGUGGACGUGGUCGUGGACGUGGACGUGGUCGUGGACGUGGUCGUGGACGUGGUCGUGGUCUUGGACGUGGUCGUGGUCGUGGUCGUGGACGUGGACGUGGUCGUGGACGUGGACGUGGUCGUGGACGUGGACGUGGACUUGGACGUGGGCGUGGACGUGGACGUGGACGUGGACGUGGACUUGGACGUGGACGUGGACGUGGACGUGGUCGUGGACGUGGACGUGGUCGUGGACGUGGACGUGGACGUGGACGUGGACGUGGUCGUGGUCGUGGUCGUGGACGUGGUCGUGGACGUGGUCGUGGUCGUGGACGUGGACGUGGACGUGGUCGUGGACGUGGUCGUGGACGUGGACGUGGACGUGGUCGUGGACGUGGACGUGGACGUGGUCGUGGACGUGGUCGUGGACGUGGACGUGGACGUGGACGUGGUCGUGGACGUGGUCGUGGUCGUGGACGUGGACGUGGACGUGGUCGUGGUCGUGGACGUGGACGUGGACGUGGACGUGGUCGUGGACGUGGACGUGGACGUGGUCGUGGUCGUGGACGUGGACGUGGACGUGGUCGUGGACGUGGAGGUGGACGUGGUCGUGGUCGUGGACGUGGACGUGGACGUGGACGUGGACGUCGACGUGGUCGUGGUCGUGGACGUGGUCGUGGACGUGGUCGUGGUCUUGGACGUGGUCGUGGUCGUGGUCGUGGACGUGGACGUGGACGUGGUCGUGGUCGUGGACGUGGACGUGGACGUGGUCGUGGACGUGGACGUGUUCGUGGACGUGGUCGUGGACGUGGACGUGGACGUGGUCGUGGUCGUGGACGCGGACGUGGACGUGGACGUGGUCGUGGUCGUGGACGUGGACGUGGACGUGGUCGUGGUCGUGGAGGUGGACGUGGUCGUGGACGUGGACGCGGUCGUGGACGUGGACGUGGUCGUGGACGUGGACGUGGACGUGGUCGUGGACGUCGUCGUGGACGUGUCAGAAUGA